UAGCAUUUGCCUGUAAAAAUUGGAAUCUUCCAAGUUCCAAUCUCAUAAAGGGGGGGAAGAUUUAAGACAGGCAUCAUGUCCCAUGUUUGAUGAAUCAUUAUUUGUAAUCUCCCGCUAAGGCCAAUAUUGUCAAAAAACACCCAAUUAUCCAUCCCACCUCCACCUCCACCUUUGAUGGAUCCUCCUCUGCUUUCGCUGUAAAAAAACAAUUCAAUUCCUUUUCUUUCAUCCCAAACCCUAGAUUUCUGCCUCCUUCCCAACACCCCCAUUCUUUCUCUCUCUCUCUUCAAUCACAAGAUCAUCAUUCUGGAAAAGAUAGAGAAACUUAUUCAAAUUGAUCUCAAAUGUUAUCAAAUAUUCAUCAAUUCAUCACCUUUAUCAAUUUCCCACCUAAUUUUUGGAGAUAAUUUUCUGGGUUUUCUGUAUUUCCAUUGAUUACCCACGUCAAUUUAGCUGAUUUUUUUUGUGGGUUUGGUUUUUGAUCGAUUACCCAUUAAAAUUCCCCUGAUUUUCUUGGUGGGGUUUCAAUUUUUUGAUCGAUUUAACCCAAAAAUUUGAUCUGGGGUUUUUGGAUUUUUGAGGAAUAAAAUAAUCCGAUGAUUUCAGACCCAGAUCUCGUACGCUACGCCUGCGUAGCUCAUCACCGUUCAUCUGAAUCAUCAUCAUCAACAACGAUCCUUGCCGAGUUCAACUCAGCUGACUCGACCCUUCAACAACUCGCCCAACAAUGUCUGGAAUUAGUGCCACCCCAUCACAGCAUUUUCUCUCACUCUUACCACAAUCAAACUUACACCUUUUUGGUGAAUGAUGAGUUUGUUUAUUUUGGGAUUUUUGAUUCCAAAUUGAGAAAUUCAGAUCAAGUUCGUUUCUUGGGUUGUUUGAAAGGGACUAUUGAUCAACUAAUCAAUGGAAAAUCAGAUUACAAGCUUUCAACUUUUUGCUUCCAAGGUGAGCUUCAUCCCAUUUUCCACAAAUUGAUGUCAAAAAGUUAUGAUUUUGAUGCAUUACCUGUAGUCCCAAAUGGUGUUAAUCAUAGCAAAAACACCGCGAAUUUGGUUCCGAAUAAGAACAAGAAGAUUUUGUCUGUGUCAUUUCUAUCUGCUUCCAAAAUUGGCAAAGGGUUCAAGAAAAGUAAGUUGUAUGAGGAGAGGACAACUAGUAGGAUGCCUUUGGUUGAAGAUAAGGUUGAUUUGUUAAAUGAGGGUAAUUUUGAUGGUGGUGAGGGUAAAAGUAGGGAAAUUAAUCACCCAAAUGGUAAUUUUUUGAUGGAUGGUGGUGUUAGUAUUGGUGUUGGAAGACACAAAGCUAAGAAAAUAUGGAGAAGACAUGUUUGGAUUGUGUUGGUGUUGGAUUUGGCUGUUUGUUUGAUUUUGUUUGGGAUUUGGUUGUUUGUUUGCCGAGGAUUUCAAUGCAUUGAAGGGUAGUAUUACCCAUCAAAUUCCCGGUAUCCUAAUUCGGGCUAAACUUGUUCAUCUUGGAUGAUCUUUUGAAAUUCAAGGUCAAUUUCUUUGAUCUUGGAUGAUCUUUUUGAAAUUCAAGGUCAAUUUCUUUGAUCUUGGAUUUUGUGGAUUUGAUGUUGAAGACUAUGAAUUAGUAGUGUUAUACAUUUGAUCUCGUUCUCGUACCAUCGAGUUUUAUUCAGUUUUACAUCCAAAGAGUAGGAGUUACUUUUGUGUAAUGUGUACACAAUCAUCAACAAGGGGAUACUUUCGUGUUUUUGAGCUGUUUUUCGGUCUUAACUAUGGUGUUUUGGGGUUUAUCUUUUUCGUAAUCCCUUACUUUGUACUCCUGGUUAAGACUGAUUGAUUAUUAGCUUUGGUUGUACAUCCCCUUGAUUGAAUGAUCUUGUUUCUAUGUAAUUCUUUCGAACCGUGUAUAGGAAGAAAAUCAACAAAAAUGUUACUUGUGCAGGCUGUUUUCAAUGAAUAUGAUGAUUAUUGUCUUCAA